AUGGCCGCCGUCGAGGAAAUCAAGUCCCAAACCGGAUCCGAAAGCUCCAUCGAGCAGAAAGCCGACACCAUUCAGGCUCCCAAGUCCAAGUCAAAGCCUGAGGUCGCAGGUGUCGCCCGUAUCGAAGCUCUGUACAAGGUCUUUGGCGGUAAAAAUGGCGCACCGCUGUGGAUUCUUUACCUCAGCAUCGCGCUCAUUGCGUAUGUCUACUCCCUCGAUUCCAACACUACGAGCAGCUUUUUACCUUUCGCUACAUCUGCCUUCGAGUCGCAUGCGUCAAUUGGAACUAUAUCAGUUGCUGCUGAUAUUAUAGGCGCCGUAGGGAAGCCUUUUAUUGCCAAAAUUGCGGAUAUCACGUCGAGACCGAGAGCUUACGUUUUCUCUCUUUGUUUUUACAUUCUCGGAUAUAUCGUGAUCGCUUCCUCAUCCACAGUAGGUGCAGUCUGUGCUGGAGAGGUGUUGUACACGAUUGGGAGGACCGGUUUAGAUUUGGUGACGGACAUCAUUGUCGCUGAUUUGUCUCCAUUAAAAUGGAGAGGCUUCGCAACAGCUCUCCCCUCUUCUCCAUACAUCAUCAACGCUUUUGUCGCCGCCGAAAUCACCAAUGGCUUUAUUCCUGGAAAAUGGCGGUGGGGUUAUGGAAUCUUUAUCAUCAUGCUUCCGGUUGUAAUGGCGCCUGCUCUUACUGUAUUAUUCUGGGCAGAAUACAAGGCCAAACGCGACGGCACGGUGUCCAUCGCGUCCAGUGCUUGGGAACGGCGUCACGAAGGCUCUGACGAGAAAGUUACCUGGUACACCAUUGCCCGGGAUUUCGGCGACCAUGUCGAUAUCAUCGGUCUCAUCAUAUUGGGUACUGCCUGGGCGUUGCUUUUCCUUCCAUUCACUCUCUACUCCGAUGCAAAGGACGGAUGGAAAAAUCCCAGCAUGAUUGCCAUGAUCGUUGUAGGAGGUGUUUUACUAUUCGUGUUUGCGGCGUAUGAGAAAUGGUUUGCUCGUUUCCCGCUUAUGCCGACCCGUGUCCUUAAUAGGACUUUCCUUGGUGCGGUAACGGUCGAUGUUCUCUACAUGCUCUCUGGAAAUAUGAGAUCUUUGUAUUAUUCGAGUUGGACGUGGGUUGUUAAGGACUGGACAACUCGGGAGUGGACAUAUUUCAAUAAGACGUUGACCGUCGGCCUUUGUGUUUUCGGUAUCGUUGGAGGUCUGAUUCAGCGUUACACUCAUCGGUACAAGGUACGUCACUCAGUACUAAGUAUCCUACACAGCGGUAUGGGCUUAACCUUCUACGCCAGAGGCGAUAACGCAACGGAUGUCGCCCUUGUUUGGACCCAGCUCCUCAUUGCCAUUGGUGGAGCAUUCAGUGUCGUAGGCUCGCGCGUUGCCUCCCAGGCAUCUGUACCACAUGCCGAUCUCGCACAGGUGAUUUCCCUGAUAUCUCUCUGGACUUCCCUUGGUGGUAGUGUUGGGUAUGCCAUUGCUGCUGCUGUCUGGACAGGCAAAAUGCCCGGAUACCUCCACAAGCACCUUCCAUACAAGACGGACGCCCAGAUUGCUAAGAUAUUUGGGUCCAUCAAGAGCGCUAGGAACCUCGAAGCGACGGACAGGACCAAUGUCAUUUACGCAUACAACGACACCGUAUAUCUCCUCUAUCUUCCCGCUCUCAUUCUCUCUUUCCUCCCUCUUAUAGUUUUGGUGUUCAUGCGAAACUUCUACCUCGGCGAUAACCAGAAUGCUGUCCAGAACAUUGGUAUCGAUGGCCGCGCUUUGGAGAAUAAUGAGGUUGACGAGAGGAAGGAAGAAGACGCCGAAAAGGGGUCAGCAAAGUAAUCUUGCUUUUUCCUCUUAUGAUAUUCAGUUUACG